AACCACUCCCCUCUCCUUUCUCCCCAGGCCCUCCUGGAGCAGUUAAAGGGCUUCGUGUGGUCUCGAGGAGGGGGGAUUGUGGACGCCAUUUUUCAGGCACUGCUGAGGGCGCCUUUCCUCCUCCCGCCCCACUGGAAGGACCCCGGGUGGGAGGGCUAAUGGCGGCAGCCCGCGGGACGGCGGCCUAGACCGCGGCCGACGGCAUCCACCCGACAUCGGCGCCAUCGCAGCCGCUCCCGGGGUGAGAGGCGUCCCCAUCUCUUCUCCGAGGCCCGGGCCGUGAGGACAGGUUUCCAAGUCUCAGCCUUCGUGGGGUUUGCAAUCAGACUUUCCUGCAGCAGCGGCAUCAGUGACAUUGAGGCACAAGUGAUCUGGUUCUGUCGCCACCAUGUUCCUCUAUAACCUGACCCUGCAGCGAGCCACCGGCAUCAGCUUUGCCAUUCAUGGCAACUUCUCAGGAACCAAACAACAGGAAAUUGUUGUUUCUCGGGGGAAGAUCCUGGAGCUUCUCCGCCCUGACCCCAACACCGGGAAGGUGCACACUCUCCUGACGGUGGAAGUGUUCGGUGUCAUCCGGUCGCUCAUGGCCUUCAGGCUGACGGGCGGCACCAAAGAUUACAUUGUGGUCGGCAGUGACUCGGGCCGGAUCGUCAUCCUGGAGUAUCAGCCCUCCAAGAACAUGUUUGAGAAGAUCCACCAGGAAACCUUUGGAAAGAGUGGGUGCCGCCGAAUCGUCCCUGGCCAGUUCUUGGCUGUGGACCCUAAGGGCCGAGCCGUCAUGAUCAGUGCCAUCGAGAAGCAGAAACUAGUGUACAUUCUGAACAGAGAUGCUGCUGCUCGACUCACCAUCUCUUCACCUCUGGAAGCUCACAAAGCCAACACGUUAGUCUACCAUGUGGUGGGAGUGGAUGUCGGAUUUGAAAACCCUAUGUUUGCCUGCCUCGAGAUGGACUACGAGGAAGCAGAUAAUGACCCCACGGGAGAAGCAGCGGCCAAUACCCAACAAACCCUAACUUUCUAUGAGUUGGACCUUGGAUUGAACCAUGUGGUCCGAAAAUACAGCGAGCCACUGGAGGAGCAUGGCAACUUCCUUAUAACAGUCCCUGGCGGCUCAGAUGGCCCAAGUGGGGUGCUUAUUUGCUCUGAAAACUAUAUAACCUACAAAAAUUUUGGUGACCAGCCUGAUAUCCGAUGCCCCAUUCCUAGGAGACGGAAUGAUUUGGAUGACCCCGAGAGAGGGAUGAUCUUUGUCUGCUCUGCCACCCACAAGACCAAGUCAAUGUUCUUCUUCUUGGCCCAGACUGAGCAGGGAGACAUCUUCAAAAUUACCUUGGAGACUGAUGAGGACAUGGUGACAGAGAUCCGGCUGAAAUAUUUUGAUACUGUGCCAGUGGCUGCUGCCAUGUGUGUCCUCAAGACAGGCUUUCUCUUUGUGGCAUCAGAAUUUGGAAAUCAUUACCUGUAUCAGAUCGCCCACCUGGGAGAUGAUGACGAGGAGCCAGAGUUCUCUUCUGCCAUGCCUUUGGAAGAGGGAGACACAUUCUUCUUCCAGCCUCGACCUCUGAAGAACCUGGUGUUGGUGGAUGAGCUGGACAGCCUCUCCCCCAUCUUGUUCUGCCAGAUAGCAGAUCUGGCCAAUGAAGACACCCCACAACUCUACGUGGCCUGUGGUAGAGGACCUCGGUCAUCUCUGAGGGUCCUGAGGCAUGGACUUGAGGUAUCUGAAAUGGCUGUCUCCGAACUGCCGGGUAACCCCAAUGCUGUCUGGACUGUUCGGCGACACAUCGAAGACGAAUUUGAUGCCUACAUCAUCGUGUCUUUCGUGAAUGCCACCCUGGUUCUCUCCAUCGGGGAAACUGUAGAGGAAGUGACUGAUUCCGGAUUCCUGGGUACCACCCCAACCUUGUCCUGCUCCCUAUUGGGAGAUGAUGCUUUGGUGCAGGUGUAUCCAGACGGUAUCCGUCACAUCCGAGCGGACAAGAGAGUGAAUGAAUGGAAGACGCCGGGAAAGAAGACUAUCGUCAAGUGUGCCGUGAACCAGCGGCAAGUGGUGAUUGCCUUGACUGGAGGAGAGCUGGUCUACUUUGAGAUGGACCCCUCGGGUCAGCUGAAUGAAUACACGGAGCGGAAGGAGAUGUCAGCCGAUGUGGUGUGUAUGAGCUUGGCCAAUGUGCCCCCAGGCGAGCAGCGCUCUCGCUUCCUGGCCGUGGGGCUGGUGGACAACACCGUCAGGAUCAUCUCUCUGGACCCUUCGGACUGUCUGCAGCCCCUGAGCAUGCAGGCCCUCCCUGCCCAGCCCGAGUCCCUGUGUAUCGUGGAGAUGGGUGGGGCCGAGAAACAGGAUGAGUUGGGAGAGAGAGGCUCCAUUGGCUUCCUCUACCUGAACAUUGGACUGCAGAACGGUGUGUUGCUGAGAACUGUCCUGGAUCCUGUCACCGGGGAUCUGUCUGAUACCCGCACCAGAUAUCUCGGCUCCCGCCCCGUGAAGCUCUUCCGAGUCCGAAUGCAGGGCCAAGAGGCGGUGCUGGCCAUGUCAAGUCGCUCGUGGCUAAGUUAUUCUUACCAGUCCCGUUUCCACCUGACGCCCUUGUCCUAUGAGACCCUGGAAUUUGCCUCUGGUUUUGCUUCGGAGCAGUGUCCUGAGGGAAUUGUGGCCAUUUCCACCAAUACACUCAGGAUUUUGGCUUUGGAGAAACUGGGUGCUGUCUUCAACCAGGUGGCCUUCCCGCUGCAGUACACCCCCAGGAAGUUCGUUAUCCACCCCGAGAGCAACAACCUGAUCAUCAUCGAGACAGACCACAAUGCCUACACCGAGGCCACCAAGGCCCAGAGGAAGCAGCAGAUGGCAGAGGAAAUGGUGGAAGCGGCAGGAGAAGACGAGAGAGAACUAGCUGCAGAGAUGGCUGCCGCCUUUCUGAAUGAAAACUUGCCGGAAUCCAUCUUUGGAGCCCCCAAGGCAGGGAACGGGCAGUGGGCCUCAGUGGUCCGAGUGAUGAACCCCAUCCAGGGAAACACACUGGACCUGGUUCAGUUAGAGCAGAACGAGGCUGCUUUUAGUGUGGCUGUUUGCCGGUUCUCUAACACCGGUGAUGACUGGUAUGUCCUGGUGGGGGUGGCCAAAGACCUCAUCCUCAAUCCCCGCUCUGUGGCUGGGGGUUUCGUCUACACCUACAAGCUGGUGAACAGUGGAGAGAAGCUUGAGUUUCUGCACAAGACCCCAGUGGAGGAGGUUCCUGCUGCCAUCGCUCCAUUCCAGGGCCGGGUACUGAUUGGUGUGGGCAAGCUCCUGCGGGUGUACGACCUUGGGAAGAAGAAGUUGCUCCGCAAGUGUGAGAACAAACACAUCGCCAACUACAUCUCGGGAAUCCAGACCAUCGGGCACCGCGUGAUCGUGUCCGACGUCCAGGAGAGUUUCAUCUGGGUCCGCUACAAGAGGAACGAGAACCAGCUCAUCAUCUUCGCCGAUGACACCUACCCCCGUUGGGUUACCACCGCCAGCCUCCUGGACUACGACACGGUGGCUGGGGCCGACAAGUUUGGCAAUAUCUGCGUGGUGAGGCUCCCGCCGAACACCAACGAUGAAGUGGAUGAGGAUCCGACCGGGAACAAGGCUCUGUGGGACCGUGGGCUGCUCAAUGGGGCCUCUCAGAAGGCUGAAGUGAUCAUGAACUACCACGUCGGGGAGACGGUGCUUUCCUUACAGAAGACCACCCUGAUCCCCGGAGGCUCUGAAUCCCUCGUCUACACCACCCUGUCCGGGGGCAUUGGGAUUCUGGUGCCCUUCACGUCCCACGAGGACCACGACUUCUUUCAGCAUGUGGAGAUGCACCUACGGUCUGAACAUCCCCCUCUCUGUGGGCGGGACCACCUCAGCUUCCGCUCUUACUAUUUCCCUGUCAAGAAUGUGAUAGAUGGAGACCUCUGUGAGCAGUUCAACUCCAUGGAGCCCAACAAGCAGAAGAACGUAUCUGAAGAACUGGACCGGACACCCCCCGAGGUGUCCAAGAAGCUGGAGGACAUCCGCACCCGCUAUGCCUUCUGAACCCUGGCCUGCGGGCCAUUCCGGUUAAAGACUCUUGACUUCUCACUAGGGUUGCGGAGAUGCAGGUUUUGGUUCCUUUUCCUUUCCCCUGUGAUAAUCCUGCUCCUAUCCCCGGCAGCCGUUGAGCUCCUGAAAGGUUAAAACUAUCGAUGUUUUCCAUACACUUUUUCACUUCCCUCAGGAAAUCUGAAUUUCCUGGCAUGUGGACAUCCCUCCUUCUUGGAUUCCAAGUGCUGCAAAGACCUGUAAACCUAGCAUUACAGGAAAUCCUCCUUUUCAGAGAGGAGAGCGAGGCACCCGGUGUGCCGUCUCACAUCGCUGCCUUGGAUUUGCAGAAACUUCCGAGCGAAGCGGUUGACAGCAGUGGGGUUCCCGAUGGUGGUUCCCCCCCCGCUUCCGCAGGCGGUGAUGCUUUUUCCCCCUGCUCCCCCUCCCCAAACCCCCCUCCAGUGCCCCGACUUUCUUGCUGUCUCAUCUGCUUUUGUACACACCCUUCACUUUUCACCAGUUUCCUUGUAAAUAAUAGUUUUGUACAAUGUUAAUGUUAAGUCGGAGAAGAGGAACACUGGGGCGGGAUCAUGGUUGUAAUGCAAUACCAGUGAGCUCGGCCACAGAACAUGAAAUAAAAGCUUAAGUUUUUAAAGUG